CUGAUGUUAGAAAAAAGAUUUCAAAUAGCCCACAAAAAUUUUACUGUAUAUUUAAAAAAUUUUAUUAUUUAAAUUGAUUAAAAAUUAAGAAUGGCUCGUAAAACAGAAAUGCAAUUAAAUAAUCCACCAAGCGAUGUAAUAUCUGCUGUAAAAUUUGCUCCCGGUACAAACCAAUUUUUAAUAGCAUCUUCGUGGGACUGCACUGUCCGGUUGUAUGAUGUUGUAAAUAACAUUAUGAGACAAAAGUAUAUGCAUGAUGCACCGGUAUUAGAUGUAGCAUUUCAAGAUCCUGUACAUACAAUCAGUGGCGGUAUGGACAAUCAACUAAAGCUUUUUGAUAUGAACACGCAUGGGGAGUAUAUACUGGGUUCGCAUGAGGCGACUAUAAAAUGUGUGGAAUAUGCUUCUCAAAUAAAUGGUAUUUUAUCUGGGAGUUGGGAUAAAACUAUGAAAUUAUGGGAUUCAAGAGAUAAGCAAUGUGUUGGUACAUAUGAACAAAGCAAUGGGAAGGUUUAUUCUAUGGAUGUUAAUGAUGAAAAAGUUGUGGUUGCAACAUCUGAUAGAAAAGUUAUUAUAUGGGAUUUAAGAAAUAUGUCACAGUACAUGAUGAAAAGAGAGUCAUCACUUAAAUACCAAACCAGAUGUAUAAGAAUAUUUCCAAAUAAAGAAGGUUAUGUUAUGAGUUCAAUAGAGGGCAGAGUAGCAGUUGAAUAUUUUGAUCCUGUUCCCGAUGUCCAGCAAAAAAAGUUCGCAUUUAAAUGUCAUCGUAAUAAAGAGGAUAAUAUUGAGCUUAUAUAUCCAGUAAAUGCCGUUACAUUUCACAGAAUUUAUAAUACUUUUGCUACAGGUGGUUCUGACGGUUAUGUUAAUAUUUGGGAUGGUUUUAAUAAAAAGCGUUUAUGCCAAUUUCAUCAAUAUGAUACAUCUAUAGCAUCAUUACAUUUUAGUAAAGAUGGUUCAACUUUAGCAAUAGCCUGCUCUUAUUUAGAUGAACUAGAAACGCCACCAAAAACUCCUCAUGAUCCGACAAUUUAUGUUCGCUAUGUGAACGAAAAUGAAAUUAAACCAAAAUAAAAUUAUUGUAUUAAUUUUUACGUAAAUAUUUUAGAAAAGAAUUAUAAGAAACUUGUACCUA